AUGGACUUUGACAACCCAACUUCGGACCGUCUCGGUCUCCUCAACGCCAUGUACUCACUCGGCGCGCUGAUGGCGAUCCCCUUCAUCCCGACCGUGAGCCAAUACCUCGGGCGGCGCGGGACCAUCCUCUUUGCGUCGGCCAUCAUGUGCAUGGGCGCCGGGCUGCAGGCUGGGUCGCGUAACUCCGACAUGUUCCUAGCGUCGCGGUGGGUGCUCGGGUUCGGGAUCCCGUUCGCCAUCGUCAACGCGUCGUCGCUGAUCGGCGAGCUGUCGUACGCCAACGAGCGGCCCGUCAUGACGUCGCUGUUCAACGCCUCGUGGUUCGUCGGCGCCAUCGUCGCCGCCGGCACCACCUACGGCACCUUCCAGAUGUCGUCGACCUGGGCGUGGCGCCUGCCCAGCCUGCUGCAGCUCGUGCCCAGCUUCUUCCAGAUCGGCUUCAUGUACUGGUGCCCGGAGUCGCCGCGCUGGCUGAUCUCCCAGGACCGCGGGGAUGAGGCGUUUGCGAUCUUGCAAAAGUACCACGGCGAGGGCCAAGACGGCGAUGAGUUUGUGCGUCUGGAGUUUGCCCAGAUCCAGUCGACCAUCGCGCAGGAGAAGGAGCUCGAGUCGAAGUUUGUGUGGGCCGACGUCGUGCGCGACCCGCCCAUGCGCAGGCGCUUUAUGAUUGCCGGGAUUGUUGGCUUCUUCACCCAGUGGAGCGGGAACGGUCUGCUGAGUUUCUACAUGAAGAAGAUCCUGGCGCUGGUGAAUAUCACGGAUGACAGGACGGUGCAGAAGAUUAUUCUUAGCAACACCUGCUGGGGCUUCAUCAACGCCGUGCCCAUUGCCUUGAUUGCGCCGCGGUUUCCGAGACGGACCAUGUUCCUGAUCUGUACCAUUGGGACGGCGGUGGUUUACACGGUCUGGACCGUUGCGAGUGCAAGGUCGGCGAUCGAGAACUCGGCGGCCGCGGCCAUCCCCGUCUUGGUGUUCAUCUUUGUGUAUUCGCCGUUUUACAACAUCGGCUGGAACGCCCUAGCAUACACGUAUAUGGUCGAGAUCUUCCCCUACCAACAACGAUCCAAGGGCAUCGCCGUGGAGCAGCUGACAGUCCGUUUCGCCGUCUUCUUCAACACUUAUGUCAACCCGAUCGCGCUCGAUUCCAUCGGCUGGAAAUACUACAUCGUAUACUGCGUCUGGAUCCUGGUCGAGAUCGCCACGGUGUACUUGCUGUUCCCCGAGACGCAUAACCGCACGCUGGAGGAGCUCAGCUUUAUGUUCGAGGGCAAAGCUAUGCAGGAUAAGGUGCAGCAGAACGUGGACAAGGUGCUUCAGGUCGAGUUGGAUACCGUCCAGCGACGGUCGUCGGGGGCGGGGGCUGCUACUAAUGAGCAACGGGUUUGA